AGCUCGCUGGCCCCCAGCCCCGGCUUCCUUCGGGCUCGCUUGCUCCUUUCCCCGCGAGGAGGGCGGAGAGGCAUGAAGACGAGCCGCCGGUGCCGAGCCCUGUUGGCCGUGUGUCUGAACCUGCUGGCUCUUCUCUUCUCAACCACCGCCUUCCUCACCACGCACUGGUGCCAGGGGACCCAGCGGGUGCCCAAGCCCAACUGUGGCCGAGACAAGAAGACCAACUGCCUCAACUACAGCGGCAACAGCACGGCCAACGACACGGCCGGCUCCCACGGGGUGCACUACAGCUGGGAGACCGGAGACGACCGCUUCCUCUUCAGGUAUUUCCACACCGGCAUCUGGUACUCCUGCGAGGAAAACCUCAGUGGACUUGGUGAAACAUGCCGGAGUUUUAUUGACCUGGCUCCAGCAUCAGAGAAAGGUGUGCUUUGGUUGUCUGUGGUUUCAGAAGUGUUAUACAUCCUUCUCUUAGUCGUCGGAUUCAGUCUCAUGUGUCUAGAGCUCUUCCACUCCAGUAACGUCAUAGAUGGGCUCAAGCUCAACGCCUUUGCUGCUGUCUUCACUGUGCUGUCAGGUCUCCUGGGAAUGGUCGCCCAUAUGAUGUACACUCAAGUUUUCCAAGUCACCGUCAGCCUGGGACCUGAAGACUGGAGACCACACUCCUGGGACUACGGCUGGUCUUUCUGCCUGGCCUGGGGUUCUUUCACAUGCUGCAUGGCAGCCUCAGUCACCACACUGAACUCUUACACCAAGACUGUCAUCGAGUUUCGGCAUAAACGUAAAGUGUUUGAGCAGGGAUUCCGGGAGGAGCCAACCUUCAUUGACCCAGAGGCCAUCAAGUACUUCCGGGAAAGGACCGAGAAGGGGGAUGGGACUGAGGAUGAAGAUUUCCGACUGGACUGCCACCACAGCCGAUACCCAAAUCGACUGCAGAACACCCACCUCUAAAUGACACAAAAUCUCCAAGAAAAUUCGGCUCCACGGCCCUAGCAACCAUCCCAGUCUCUUCCAUCAGACAGAGCCCCCUGUACACCAUCCCUUCUGACCCAGCUGAAAGAGCUCCGCAGAGCAGAACUAAGUGUCAUUAGAAGACUUCUGUAUCGUGAGAUCUUUCCCUUUGUUCUCUAACCCUCCACUGCAAGAUGGCAGAAGCCUAGGCCCAGCAGCAUCUGGCCUCUCCAGCUCAGCCCAUCCAGGAUUCCAUGGAGCAUCCAGUACCAUCUCCUUGAAUUUUUAACUUGUGCCCGGCCCAGCCCGUCACAGGAUGAGCCUAGGUUCCAGCCCAGACAACCCAAGGCCUUGCCUGGCAACCAGCCCAACCAAUCAGAGGCCCUGCAUUGAAUACGGAGUGGCCAAUCCCAAGCUUUUUUUCUGAGGUCCAGCAGUUCAGUGCGGAAACAACCUGGCCCAGCUCAGACUGAGAUCCGGGGAAACAUUAGAAUCUGUGGCCCCAAGAGUCAUAGGGAUCCAUGAGCUGGUCUCCAGCCCCUGAGACCAUCACUCAGCACAGGGUAAUGGAAAGACUGCUGAACAUGGAGUCCGAAUACAUGGGACCAAACGCCAGUUCUGCUACUUACUACCUGUGUAACUUUGGGCAGGUCACGUCUUCUCUCAACCUCGGUUUCCUCAUCUGUAAAAUGAGGGGUUUAGAUUAGGCCAUCCCUAAGGUCCCUUCCAGUUCUAAAGCUGAUGAGCCUUUUCUCCAUCAGAGCCGCACCCCAAUCCUUCCAGUCACUGGGUGAUUUCGUGGAGCAAAAGCACAAAGUCCGAAGAGACAGGCCCCUCCAGGGACUGUUCCCGGUGGGCCACGAGGGCCCCUUCUGAAGCAGAGCUGGCUGACGCAGAGGCAUUGGAGGCCGGGAAGAGGCUGCUGGGUGCUAGAGGAUGCUGGUCCCUUUGGAUCAAUUCCAAGCCUUGGACCAGGAAGAAGAGAAGCAGAGUCUUUAAGAAGUACUGCACCACGGAGCCCCUGAGCCUCUGCCUGCUGCCCCCAGAGGUGCUAUAUCCUGAGCAGGACUCCAGGCAGUGAGGACCCCUCCGGCCAGGAAGCACCCACAGUCCUUGCCCCAGCUCUUUUGGGAGUCGCUCCCUCCCAUAGCUCCAUCUGGGGCAACCGGCCUGCCACACCAGCUUCUAGCACUGAAGAGACCCCCAGCUGUAUGCCAAGGACUGUGACAGCCUGAGAAACUCCUCUCUGGCCUUGGGGCCUGGCUCUGAAGAAAGACAUGCUCCUGCACCUGGAAAUGAGGCUAGAGAGACCCCAUCAUCUGCUCUUCCCGUGGACCAUGGGGCCCAAUUGUCAUUUUUUUCUUUUCUAAAAAUAGAGAGUUCUUUAUCAGAUUUCAUUUCAUUUGUAUAUGUUUGAUACUGGUUUUGUAGAUACCAACUCUCAUCCCUUUCUGGGGAUUUUAUUCCUGGGGAAUGAUCAUUUUAAAUGGGGAUUUUAUUCCUGGGUAAGCAUUAUCGGAAAGAAGCAAGUAGUUCUUUCAGUCAGUAGGGAACAUCUCUGGCCACCCUCCCUCUGUCUCCAAGACCACCAAACAUGGUCCACUUAAUCUUCAGAGGCCCCCUGAGGACAUGGGCCAUCCCUACCCCUGGAAAACCAGAACCUCACCACCAGAGGGGCUAUCACUCCUCACCCUCACUCGACCCCAAACAGUUUAAAAGGCAGAGCACAGUGAGGACUACACUGGAAGGCCUAGUAUCCAAUUUAGCAUCCGGGGACCAGGGGCAGACCCCUUACUCUGUUACCCUCUUUCUCUGUGACCUUGAGCCCCCAUUUUACAGGUGAAGAAACUGAGGCCCAGAAAAGAAAAGUGACUUGCCCACAGCCACACAACUAAUCUGUAGAAAAGCCAGGACAGACCUGGAGGUUGCAAUCUGCCCCUGUGGAGAGAGUACCCAAACCAACUGAGUCCCAGAAAUUUGAAGUUGAAGUAAAUAAUAGCAAUAAAAUAUUGAAAACAACAACAAUAAAAUAUCAUUAUUCACUUCAA